CUUAUGGUUUCAUUAUUAGCUGGUUGAGGUAGACGGCAGCCUGUUCCAAGCGAGGAGGCGGGAGUCUCUAUAAAGAGGUGAACAAUCCUCUUACUUUUGUCACAUCACAACAUCGGAACAACACCUUCCAACACUCGCCAGUCCUCUCGAUUUCCCUUACACCCUCCCAUAACACUCAUCAACAAGAUGGUCAACCUCCUCACUCUGUCCUUCGCCGCGAUGGCUCUCACUCCCCUUGCCGGCGCCGUUCCCACCACCCGCGAUGUAGCCUCUGCACCUGGGCCCUUCUCCUUCGCCAAAUGGGUAGACGAUAUCAUCGCCAAACCCGAAGAGGCAGCCACUCCUCAGCAGGCUCUCGACGCUUAUUAUGCCUAUGUCAACAGCACCUCCACCGACAGUGUUCUCCCCGGAACAGCGUCCAAGAUGCACAAGCGGGCCAUGUGCAACACAGUCGUUGGCAAACAAGCACCGAUCCCCGACGCAGUCGAAUGCAUCAACUACCUCGCCCGCCUUAACACACAGACAUGCGAGGUCUACAGGGGCACGGAUCACGUCUCGUUCGUCGUGCGUGGCAAUGCUGAGAUGAUUGGCGUCAGGCCGGAUACCAAUGGUGCUUCGACGAUCUGCAACAACGUCGCCCGCGCCGGCGGUAAAAUCAUGGACGCCUGCUCCCGAGCGGACAACACGGUAGAAGGUAAGGAGAUCACACCGGAUGCUGCGGCGAUUGCUGUGCACAUUAUCAAAAGGGGUGGAUAUUGAAGAAAGAAGGAACAAAACUCGUCUCCUUUGUUCUCUGGUGCUGUAACCAGAGAAUCUGAAGAUGCCUGUCAUCACCAAGCGGCUGGGCGGCUCAGGUUUACUUAGGUCGUGUCAGAUCGGUUGGGAUGCUGGGAUUGUAUAGAGAUCGGGGGCGCGAGGUUGCUAGGAAAGCGCAACUUGACGUAUCUAGGCCUGAUAGGUCCCACUACUUCUGUCGUUGUUGAUGCAGAGUUCGUAGAACUAGCUGGCAGAAUACAGUUCCCUGGGGCUGUUUCAAUCCUUAAUAUACGUCCAUUGAUGAACACUGUGAAGAAAUGAAAAGGAAAGGGUUGUCCAAUGCUCGUCAGCUUCAAGACCAUGAUGCCCAUUGCUGUGCAGUUUGCGUGUUGGCAGAAAGGGAUUGAGUGAGUAAGGUAAAAGGUAAAAGCAAAGGUGAAGG